CACCUGUGCAAGACUGAAGGGGAGGAGCCAGUACACCUGUGCAAGACUAAAGGGGAGGAGCCGGUACACCUGUGCAAGACUGAAGGGGAGGAGCCGGUACACCUGUGCAAGACUAAAGGGGAGGAGCCGGUACACCUGUGCAAGACUGAAGGGGAGGAGCCAGGGAGGAGCCAGUACACCUGUGCAAGACUGAAGGGGAGGAGGCGGUACACCUGUGCAAGACAUGAAGGGGAGGAGGCGGUACACCUGUGCAAGACUGGAGGGGGAGGAGCCGGUACAAGG